ACUGCCCGCCAGCUGCGACGCGGCCCAGCCUCGCGCCCUCGCGCCCGACCCCGCCGGACCCCCGCCGUCCACGGCCAUGGCUUCCUCUCCGCUCGCGUGGCUGCUGCGCCUGGCCGCGCUCUCCCAUCUGUCCGUCCUGCUGGCCGGACAGCACCUUGGUGUGACCAAAUGCAACAUCACAUGCCACAAGAUGACGUCGAAGAUUCCUCUGCCUUUGCUCAUCCGCUACCAGCAGAACCAGGAGUCGUGUGGCAGGCGCGCCAUUGUCUUGGAGACGAGACAGCACAGACUCUUCUGUGCUGACCCGAAGGAGAAAUGGGUCCAAGAAGCCAUGGAGCAUCUGGACCACCAGGCCACUGCUCUGACUCAACAUGGAGGCACGUUUGAGAAGCAAGUCGGUGUGGUGACAUCUGGGACCAUCCCAGCCAGCAGGGGACUGUCCCUUCCUGUGCUGGCAGAACCCAAAGCCACAAGAGAAAGCAGUAGUCUGGAGCUGACUACUUCCCAGGAGGCCUGGAGGCCCAUGGGGACUUCCCCAGAGCUGCCAGUGGCAGCAACUGGAUCCUUGGGGCCCAGGACUCUCCCAACUUCCGUGGCUCAGGAUGCAGGGCCUGGAGCUGGGCCCGAGGGCACUGAGCUUUUCAAGGCGGCAGCCGUCUCUACUGCCAUCAUUUGGCAGGGUUCUCCUGCCUACCAACCUGGGUCUGGUCUCUGGACUGAGGAAAAGGCCACUGAGCCCCCUUCUACCAUAGCUCCCUCCACCAUGGCCCCCUCCACCAUGGCUCCCUCCACCAUGGCCCCCUCCACCAUAGCCUCCUCCACCCAGGCUUCCACUGCUUCACACCCAGCCUCAGAAUUGAAUGUUGGUUCUGAAGGUCAGUCCUUAUGGGUCCAGAAACAGAGCCCUAGUCCAGAGAACUCUCUAGAGCCCAAGGACUUGGAUCCUAUUCCAGCUCACACGGAUACUUUCCAGGACUGGGGGCCUGGCAGUAGGGUCCACCCUUCUCUGGUCUCCAUAUCCUCUGAAGGGACCCCCAGCCGGGAGCUGGUGGCCUCAGGCAGCUGGGCUUCCAAGCUGGAGGAGCCCAUCCAUGCCACUGUGGACCCUCAGAGGCUGAGUGUUCUCAUCACACCUGUCCCUGAUGCCCAGGCAGCCACCCGGAGGCAGGCAGUGGGGCUACUGGCCUUUCUUGGUCUUCUCUUCUGUUUGGGGGUGGCCAUGUUUGCCUACCAGAGCCUGCAGGGGUGCCCCCGAAAGAUGGCAGGGGAGAUGGUGGAAGGCCUUCGCUAUGUCCCCCGCAGCUGUGGCAGCAACUCAUACGUCCUGGUACCCGUGUGAGUUGUUCACUUGCUUAUGUCUGUAGUUUGAUUCAGACAGCUGCCUGGGGACCCCCCAUCCUCAUACCCACCCUCCCCCAAGGGCCUUGCCUGAGAUGGGGUGAUGGGAAUGGGGAGGCAGGAUCCUCCAGGGGCCACGUGCUCCAAACCCCCAGAUGUGGCCCAGGAGGCCACCCUUGACCACUGUCCACCUAUCAGGGGCAGAGCAGUGGCCUCCCCACUCACUCAGACCUGAACUCCUACUCUGCUGCUGGCUGGUUAGAGGUUCCCUUAACACCAUCCCAACCCCAGUGAAUAAUUAUUUAUUGAAUGCCCAGCACCCUGUGAUGCCCACCUCCCUGUGAGCACCGUGGUCCUCCCUUCUCACAUGAACAAGCGGUAGGCCAGGCCCAUCUGCCCUUUCCCCACACCUCCUCAUGUCUCCUGGUCCUCCUGCAGUCGCCAGCUGUCCCCUCUCCCCCUCCAGCUACGGUGCUAUCUCUCCCUGUUCCUUGUACAGAGCCCUCACCCCCAACUGGGUCGUGUCUUUUCUUGCAUGACAUUAGCGCCUGUUUCUUGGAGCUGCUCCCUGAAGGGAGAUGAGAUCAUGUGCAGCUUUGAUGCCUUCUUCCCCAGACUUUGCUGGGCAGUGAAGGCAUGCUGAGUCUGACCCACUCAAAAAAGCCCCCCAUCUGUGAAAGGAAAAAAGUGUGGCUGAGAGGUGGCAAUCACCCAUGCCCCAGUCCUCAUCAGCAGAGCACCUCAGACAGUCACUGCCAUUCCACUGGACUGAUACCCCUUUGUACCCUGUGGCCUGGAGGUCUGGCAAGGGGUGCAUGAGCAUGUAGGUCCUUCCUAUGGCCCCUAGAUAGAGGCUGGGCUGGGGACCUUCACAAAUAGAGGCCAGCCAGCUCACAAGGCCCCUCCACGUCCUGUCCAGGCAUCCACGCCAAAGUCAGCCUUGCCCAGGCAACAGAAUGAGGAGGGUGACAAGCCUGUGGGGUGGGGAGCAAAGUCAGUGAGGGGAAGCUCUGGAGCACAGCAGAUGCCGCUGCAGCGGCAGGUGGCCCUGCGCCGCACGGAUCUUUACUGUGGCUCGUUCUCCCUGGAAGCGUGAUUCACAGUAUCCUCAGAUCAACUCUUCCCUUGCCCCACCCAGGCAGUUCCAGAACUCCAAAGGUAUCCUCCAGGAGUCCUGUGUGUAUUUCUAGCAGGAACUCUGCCCUGGGGGAGGGGAAGUUGUGGGCACAAAGUCCCCAGUUCCCUUUCUGGCUGCUGAAGACCGACACACCUGGAGGGGAGCUUGCUGGGUGGCGCCUCAGCCAGAACUUCAGACCUCACCCUCAUGGCCCCUGGUGGCAGUUUGCCCCCCCACCCCCCGCCACCAAUUGUCCCGCAGAGAGACCCUUGCCCUCCAGCUGUGGAGCCUCCUCCCAUGGGCUGGGCCUCAACCAGGGGCCAGUGAUUCACUCCUUGGCAGGUGGGUGCUCUGGCCCAGGAGGGAGGAAGCCCCUCCAGAUGCCACCCUUCCGGGUAGCUCCUUGGGUGGGUCCAGGCCUGGCUCACAGGGAAAAGCAGCCUGACCCGAACACACUUUGUCCCAGCUCCUCCAGCCCAAGACAACCGUUGCCCUUUUGAUGAAGCUGCUGGGCAGGUGGGGCCCCUCCUGGACUUAGCUGGUUCCUACCAGCGGGACAUGGGUGAGGGCAUCUGGGAAGGACCCUGGGAGGAGUUGGUUGAUCCUCUGGCUUUUUCAACCGUCAUUAUCAAUGUCUGUGUCAUUUUGUAUUUUACUAAUAAAAUUAAAAAGUCUUGUGGAUCAA